GGUGAAUCAAAAGAACGAUUUCCGAGAUAUUUAAACGGCGGACUACAGCUAUGGGUGAGCAUAGUUUGGGAACAUUAGGAGCAGAAUAGUGGAACGGAAAAGAGCAGAGCUAUGGUUUAUUUGAGGGGUUUGUAUGUGAAAACACUAAUUUUAACUAUAACAACAUUGGUGAUAUUAAGUCUAAGACAGGAUGUGGAGGCGGGUGUUAUGAAAAUUGCAUACAAAAAGCCAAUUUUUGGCAAAAUAAAUGCAAUCAAAGAUAAACGUUUCAGGUUGAGGCCGGACUAUAGUAAGAAAGUUCCAGCAGACAGCGAAAGCACUAUGCCAGACGCAGCUACCAGUAGUACAACAAUGGCAAGCACUACCACCACUACGCCCAUACAAACACAAGCUGUAGCUCCCACAGAACUCAAUGUGGAACACCAAACAACGCCAUUGCUUCCAGAGGCGGACAAUACAAAAUCAGAGGCAAUAACAGACCGUAACAAUGACAAUGAGGCAGCAGUAAAUGGACAGGAAAUAGAAAAGGAAUUGGGGGAUAAGAGGCUGGAAGAAGUAGAUAACACACAUAUGCAAUUUAUGGGGAUAAACAGGUUAGGAGCAAGGGCAACGGCUGAUUUACUGCCAAACCUAGAGGCGCUGAUGAAUAACACAUUGGAAGAACAACUUUGCCAACAACAGAAAGUAUGCGAAAUCGCCAACAUUGCUGAAACACAGCGUAGCACGCGGGUAGACAGCAAUGCUGAAGCAAAUGAUGAAAUCGAAGAGCUUUUCCCUUUGCCCGCUCCCGAAUUUCUGAUUGCGCCACGCUCUUCAACCAUACGAAAUACGCCAACAAAAGUCAGCAAAAGCAGUACAGUUGAGGUAACUGAAAGUGAACGGCCCGUACCCUGCACUUGUGGCGUUUUCCUUGCAUCGCAAAUAAAACGCGGUGCAAAAGAACCACCAGAAGGUACUCCAGUGAUUACCAAUGAAUUGGAUCGCACCUUUCCCUGCAAUCAGAUCGGUCAGAAACAAUGUCAAACUAAGUGCUUGGAAACCAUAGUGCAGCAUCUACCCAAUUCAGCUAGUAUAUUGUGUGCAUCGCUGAAUCGAGACUGCCGAAAAGAGCGGGCAUAUCUGUUCAUCAAGAAUUGUCGAAAUCAGUGGUUCAAUACAAAUUUAGCGGCCGGCCGAGAAUAUUGCUGUCGCAAUGGUCAGCCAUAUCCUUGUCCGCUAGUUUGA